AUGUCCGGCCAUUUUGACGCGGAUGCCUACAAACGCAACAGCCUUCCGAAAACGUUCUAUCGGGUAACUUAUCCCGGGUCUCAAGCUCGGGAUGAAGACACCGGAGAUUAUGUAUCAGACACGAAUCUCGAGAUUUCAGACAAUCUGCAUCUGAAGCAAGUCGCCGAGAACCAUUUCUACUGGCGGAGAGAACCAAGCCCUUUUGUAUCCGUCUUCUCUGACAAGAAACAUGCCCUCAACUGGGCGUACAGACGAGUGGACAGGCUCAACUGUGGCCUGGACGAGGUCUACAUCAGCAAGAUUGAUACGGCAAAGCUGCCGCUUGGCACCCGCGUGUUUGAUGCUACGUUUCUGGUCGGCGUGCUAGAUAUCUAUCAUCCAUCACCUCAAUCUCUCAACUUAUACGGAAAGACAUAA